AUGCAGCAUAUCAUCGACACUCGAGAACAAUGGGGUUUUGUAUACUACUUAUCAAGAGAGGCCUAUCGUAAAUAUGGCAAUGACUGGGAACUACUGUGGAGUGAGAUCAAAUCAAGCUGGACGAAUACUCAUUCUGGAAGGGAUAUGGCAGAUGCGACCUGGAUGAGUAUCCAUUGUCAAGGCGAAGACAAUCGCCGGCAGAUCUUGAAACCGCUUCUCACUGAGGAUUGGCCAAUGUUGGAUUUCAACCAUGACUUGGAAGAAUACAACGACUUAAGAAGAAACUUCAAAAACUACAAAGAGGAGAAGGCCCACCUCCUAUCCCAUGGACUUCUGCGAAACACUUUCAUCGUAGUUCCCCUUGAAUUGGUUCCGGAUGUUUCUGAAGACGGCGGUUUCGGUGAAAACCACAAUCUUAAUCCUUACUGGGUUUGGGCGUGUGAUUCAGACUGGGAUAAUUCAGAGGAGACGAUUGUUGACGGAGAAAAGUAUGAAGGUCGGGUUAGGGUAGCCUUAUACUCACUUAACUCAUGGUUUUAUGCGGCUCGCUGGGAGGGAGUGAGUCUUCGAGACAUGUGGUUGAAGGCACAACAGCACCCAGAGAAGUUAUGGAUAUGCUACACAAAGAGACUCGAAGAAUGGGAUCAUGAACCGUAUAUUUAA